AUGCCGACCAACUACAACUACCCAGCACCAUGUGGGGUGUGCCUCGGUGUCUUCCACAUUAUAUUCGGGCUCGGAUCAUGUGGAUGCGGUAUCGCUGCAAUUGUCUUGGGUCAUUACUUGUUUGAAUAUGCUGUAGGAAUAUGGGCUGGAAUAGCAUUUUACACUGUGACUGGUUUACUUGGAGUAUGUUCUGGAUCCAGAAAUAACUGCACGGUGACUGGAUAUUACGUCAUGUCAAUCAUAAGCGUGUUUGUGGCAAUGGGUCAGAUGAGUUUCUAUUGCUAUACCACUGUGUAUGUUGCCGAUAUAUGUUAUUACUACGGCUUCUGCCCGGAUGUAGCGAUUGAUAGUUUGAUCGUGAGUUCCAUCGCCCUCUCGUUGGGUUUCUUCGAAUGGAUCAUGGCAAUGGCAUCUGCCUGUGCAUCUUGCAGCUGCUGCUGCGGUGGAGGACCUCCGCCACCACUUCAAACAGUCGUGGUUCAAGCCGUUCAGCCGCAAUACCAGCAACCGAUGCCAGGCUACAGCCAGAAACCAGAUGGGUUGGCGAGUGCUCCACCAGUCUACGUCAAUCCAUCAUAUGACGGUGUCUUCGAAAACGUAUCUAUGCCAAACGAAAGGCCUCUGCCCAAUACACCUGAUAUGAACAACUACUGA